UGAGGUGCAGAGAAAAUAUCAUGGUUUUGACGCGAAAUCAAGUAUAAGAUUAGUUACUGCUUGCUUUUUGUGCCGAUGACAUACACAUCAGUUCCGUAAUAAAAAAAAUUACAUGAAAUUUUACGAUUCAGCUUUUUAGUGUAUUUGAUUGAGUUGAUUUAUGACAAGCACGAAAACAAAAACACCGUUAAUCUUAUCUGAAGAGUUUCGCGCGUACUUGUAUAACAUCAAGCGGAAUACAACAAAAUUAACUUGAAAAUGAAUUCAAAUUUAUUGCCGACUUUUGGUGAUGACAAAACAAUUGACGUGACAGUACUUGGAUGUAGUAUAAUCGAUUGUAUAAGUUAUGUGCCGACUUUACCGAAGCCCGGCGAAACAUUACGAGCCAGUCGGUAUCAAACCGGAUUUGGAGGUAAAGGUGCAAAUCAAUGCGUUGCAGCCGCAAAACUUGGUAGCAAAACUGCACUAAUUUCGAAGGUCGGCACCGACGAUUGGGGCCAAAAAUAUCGCGACAAUUUGGAAAAAUUCAAUGUUGAAGCAACGCAUGUGGAAACGGUUAACGGAAGUACGGGUCUUGCACAAAUUAACGUUUCAAGCGAUGGUGAAAACCAAAUCGUAAUUAUUCCUGGUGCAAGUGAUGCAUUAUGUCCUGGUGAUAUUGAUAAAGCAGCUGAAGUGAUACGGAAGACUAAGGUGUUGGUGUGUCAGUUGGAAAACCCACUACAAGCAACAUUGGCUGCCCUUCGAAUGAAAGACAAAAACUCUAUCUCGAUUUUAAAUGCAUCACCGUCACCAAACGAAAAUACUUUGGAACUGUUCACGCUACCAACGAUUUUGUGUGUAAAUCAAGUGGAAGCAGCAGCACUAACAAGGCGAGAUGUUCCCGAUAUUGAAGAAGCAAAGCGUGCAAUUAGUAAUUUCUUAUGUCUCGGUUGCAAUAUCGUUAUCAUAACAUUGGGAAGAGAUGGUGCAAUAUUUGCUUCUGCUGAUCAUCCCAAUCCAGUUCACGUGCGUGCGCCACGUAUUGAAGAUAUUCUAGAUACUACAGGUGCUGGCGAUGCCUUUGUUGGUGCGUUGGCUCAUUAUUUGGCACGAUAUGACACAAACGUUCCGCUCUACAAGAAAAUCGGAGGUGCUAUAACGAUCGCCUCCAUGACCGUACAACAAUAUGGCACACAAACAAGCUAUCCGAGUGCUAAAGAGCUUCGUUUUGAUAUUAGCUUAAAAAAUUUCGACUACACUCAAUUUUGAAAGGAUUUAUUUGUUUCUAAGCGGUUACAAUAAAUAUAGGAGUGAAUCGGACUUAAAAAAAAAAAAAUACAUUUAUAAUUUUGACCAAUUGCGUCAACGAUUCAUUAUUCUCACAUUUAUACGAAGCCUCAAUAUAAUAUAUCGAAAAUGUCUCUGACGUGAGCACAAAUUUAAUUGUUCAAAUAAAGUACUGCAAAAAUAGACUAAAA